CCUCCAAUAUCAUUAUUUGCAUUAUGCAGUGUCCUUAACCCAUCCAAGGGAAUUCUAUUCGUCUUUACAACUAUUAUCGUCUUGCAUUUGAAUUCUCUACGUUCAGUUAAUAUGCAGAACUCUGCAUUAUUUAUAAUUGCUUACCUUCUAGUGCAGGGUCAGGCGAAAGAAUGUGUCCCUCGAAAAUUUAAUGGCGAAAAUAUCGUAUGUGUGUGUAAUUCAACAUAUUGUGACUCUGUAGAAGUUAAUGCUCUUGAGAAAGGUGGGUUCGCAAGCUAUUUAUCAAGUAAAAGUGGUGCACGAUUGACUCUUGAAGAGGGUGCAUUCAACCCCGGUGAAAGCAAUGUCAUCCAACUGAAGCUCAACUUUCAAAAGACGUAUCAAAAAAUUCUGGGAUUCGGCGGGGCAUUCACCGAUUCUGUGGGCAUUAACAUGAAGACUUUGAGUGAAGGCAGUCAAGAGCAAUUGAUAAGAACAUAUUUUAGCCCAGAAGGAAGUCGUUACAACCUGGCUCGAUUACCCAUAGGUGGUGUAGAUUUCUCGACAAGACCGUACACCCUGGACGAUACCCCUGGUGAUGUGAACCUGUCGAAGUUCUCUCUCGCACAGGAGGAUUAUGAGUAUAAAAUACCAUACAUGAAACGGGCAUUGGCAAUAAAUGCAGAAUUGAAGUUCCUAUCUGCUGCAUGGACAGCACCACCCUGGAUGAAGACGAACAAUGACUAUUUUGGAUUCAUAGGACGUCUCAACGAAGAUUAUUAUCAAACAUACGCCGAUUAUUUAGUAAAAUUCCUGGAGAGCUACAUGGAUAUUGGCUUACCCAUCUGGGCUAUCUCUACUGGAAAUGAGCCAGAAAGCGGUUUCCAUCCCACCCAAAAAUUUAAUAAUAUGCCCUGGCUGCCGCAAUCAGUCGCCACCUGGGUUACCAAUAAUCUUGGUCCUGCUAUUGAGGCCUCCAACUCUAACGAGACCAUUAUUAUAGCUCUCGAUGGUCAACGAUUUUCCUUACCCUGGUGGGUUGACAACAUGUAUAGAGCAAAUCCCGAUGUUGAUAAAUACAUUGCUGGAGUCGGCGUCCACUGGUAUUCGGACGCAGAAACCCCUCCUAAUGUCUUAGAUGAGAUGCAUAACAUAAGUCCUAAGACAUUUUUGUUAAUGACUGAAGCUUGCGUCGAAACUUCGAGGUCUGGACCGGUGGUGGAUCAUUUGGGAAGUUGGAAUCGCGGGGCUCAGUACAUGCAGAGUAUUAUGGAGUAUAUGCAUCACUGGACUGUUGGAUGGGUAGACUGGAACCUCGCAUUAAAUAAACAAGGUGGCCCUAAUUGGGUGGGUAAUUUCGUCGAUGCACCGAUCAUUAUCAAUCCUGAAACGGAUGAAUUUUUCAAACAACCGAUGUACUACGCCCUCACUCAUUUCAGUAAAUUUGUACCACGUGGAUCCAUUAGGAUUAGUGUCGGUCCUCACGAUGAUAUUGGGUCGGUUGCUUUUGUUACUCCAAACAAUACCGUCGUCAUUAUUUUGCAUAAUUCGAAAAAUAUUGAGCAAUUAGUGACGAUUGUAGAUCCUGACCAAGGGAAUAUCAACGUAAAAAUGCCGGAGAACUCUUUCCGCACAAUAUUAUUUAAAAAAUGAACUAUUUAUCUAAUUCAUGGAACAGUUUAAGUGACGAAAUGUAUCGUUGAGAGAAUAGUACACUGGUCUUCAAUGUAUUUGUAGACCAUCAAAAUUUGAUGAUGAAUAAAUUCGAACACAUUAAUUACAA